UCUCUUCUCUUGGUCUUCUCAUGAAAUUUAUAUCUUCUCCCUCUCUAGGCUCAUAGAGAGAGUAGAAAGGGAUAGACAUAAAAAGUUUGCAUGUUUUCUAUUCUCAUUUUUUCAUCCCAACAUCAACAACUAUAAGUGGGAAGGGAUAAUAGGAAUACAAAGAAGAAACAACCAACAUGUUGCAGAGAGCUGCAAGCAGCGCGUAUUCAUGGUGGUGGGCUAGCCACAUCAGAACAAAGCAAUCAAAAUGGAUGGAGCAAAACCUCCACGAUAUGGAGGAAAAGGUGCACGCUGUGUUGAAGCUCCUAGAGGAAGAGGGAGAUUCCUUUGCGAAGAGAGCAGAAAUGUAUUACAAAAGGAGACCGGAACUGAUAAGCUUUGUGGAAGAAUCAUUCAGGGCAUACCGUUCUUUAGCAGAUAGGUAUGAUCACAUUUCAACAGAGUUGCAAAAUGCCAACAACACCAUUGCUUCUGUGUGCCCAGAUCAAGUCCCAUAUAUGGAUGAGGACGAUGAUGAUUCACCCAGACCAAAAACUCCGAGAAAAAUGGGAGAAGGGUACAAACCAAAUGUUCCAAAUGUUCCAAAGGUUCCAAAGCCUCCACUUAGAGAUUUAAAAACUGUCAUAACAGCAGCCACGAAGAAACUCAAUACAAAGAAGGCAGCCACCGCAGCUGCAGCUCCAAAAGUUCCAAAAUCUGGAUUGAGCAGAAAGGCGGCACUUCAAGAGAUGGACAAGCUGCAGAAGGAGAUUCUGUCGUUACAAACUGUGAAAGAGUUUGUGAAGAGUACUUAUGACAAUGCCAUUGCCAAGUACUGGGAUACUGAGAACCAGAUCAAGGCAUUACAAGAGAAAGUGUCCAGUUUGCAAGAUGAACUUGGCGAAGGUAUUGCUAUUGAUGACGAGGAAGCCCGGUGUUUGAUGGCGGCAGCAGCACUUAAGGCAUGCCAAGACACAUUGUCAAACUUGGAAGUGAAACAGUCUAUAUCACUUAAUGAGGCCAAAGUUGAGUCUAAAAGGGUAAAGGAAGUGAGGGAUAAGUUAAGUUCUCUGAUGAACGAAUGCAAUUACGAUCAAACCACUUCCAAAGGGCCAAGGGCCAGAAGAGAUGUCAAAGAAAUAGUAGGAACAACGGGCUUUGAUGAAGAGGUGGAAAAAUUGAAUCAGCAGAAACAGGAGAUGCAGGUAUUGCAGGAGAAAAUAAAAGAGCAUUUUGAGUCUGGAUCUUAUUCAACUCUCACCGUGCAAGAUAUGGCAGAAAAGAUUGAUUCACUUGUUAACAAAGUUGUCAGCUUAGAAACAGCAGUUUCUUCCCAGACAGCUCUCGUAAGAAGGUUAAAAGUAGAAACAGAUGAACUUAAUUCCGUAGUUCGAACUCUAGAAAGUGAUAAGGAAAGUUUGAUCAAUGAUAAAGCUAAAUUGAACGAGCAACUAAGUGACAUGAAUGAGAAGUUGCGUGGGGUACAAGAUCUAAACCAAAUUGUUACAGACCAGAAUAGCAACCUCCGAACCCAUUUCACUGAGGCACAUUGCAAUCUUGAUCAAAUCUCGGAGAAAGUCCAAAAGGUGAAACCAGAUGUGGUCAGUGAAAUAUCGCUACCCGAAAGGAAUUCAUCAAGAGAAGCUGAAUCUGAACAUGGUCUAAAAGGACAAGAUGCAUUGAAUCAAGAUAGUGAGUUGUUGAAUGAUGAAAAGUCAAACAAGGCAAAUAAGGCCACUGCUGUGGUAGAUCAUACUGCAACUUCAGAUAAGAAGUCCAAGGUUGCUGAAGUGGUAAAAGACAAUGUAAUUCAUACUGUAAAUUCAGAUAAGGAGCUCAAAGUUGCUGAAGUGGCAGAAGACAGUGUAAUUCAUUCUGUAAAUUCAGACAAGGAACUCAAGGUUGGUGAAGUGGUAAAAGACAGUUUAAUUCAUACUGUAAAUUCAGAUAAGGAGCUCAAGGAUGCUGCAGCGGAAAAAGACAGUGUAAUUCACCCUGUAAAUACAGACGAGGAGCUCAAGGUUACUGAAGUGGUAAAAGACAGUGUAAUUCUAGAUGACAAUCCUACGGUCACAAGUUCACAUGAAAAUGAUGUUAAGGUCACCAAUUCACUAGAAAUGAAAGAUGAAAAACCAGUGGAAGACAAAUCACAAAGAGAGUUGAAAGAAAGAGAGAAGUCCUCAGAUUCUAGCCACAGUGAUAUUACAAAAUCAACAGAUGCUUUGAAAACUACUUCUGAAGAUCAGGUCAUCCAGGGUCAUUCCCAGGAGCAAGGAAUGUCAAAAGAAGAUGAACCUGAUUGGCAGGAAUUGUUGAAUGGAAUGCGGGAUAGGGAAAAAGCUUUGCUGUCAGAAUAUACUAACGCGCUCCAAAAUUACGAUGAGAUGAAGAUGAGACUGGCAGAAAUAGAGAAGAAAAAUCAAGAUGCCCUCUUUGAGUCAUCUUUGCAGUUGAAAGAACUGAAGACUGCAAAUGCCUUGAAAGACGAAGAAAUUAGACUCCUACGUCAGAAACUAGGUGUUCUACAGAAAGGCUUGGAGGGAAAGGGGGAUUUGGUAGAGUUAACUUCAGUGCAGCCUGUAAUAGAGAAAAAUGACAUCGAGGAAUAUUUGAAAGCUGCAGAACCUGAUACUACGACAUCGGCCAUUGAAGAGAAGUUCCGGGAGAGCAUUGACGAUAUUCUAGGGGAGAACAUAAAUUUCUGGUUAAAUUUCAGUGCUUCUUUUACCGGGAUUCCGAGAUUUCAGACCACUAUAAAAGAUUUGCUGAACGAGGUAACAAGAAUUGAGGACAAAUGGAAAUCAUCAGAAGGAAGUAGUAGUGCAAAAUAUUCUUUGAAAACAGAUGCAAAACCGAUUUAUAAACACCUUGCAGAGAUUCUAAAUGAACUAGCAGCGUGGUUGGAAAACAGUGCUCUGUUGAAGGAGGAACUUCAAUGUAGAUUCUCGUCUCUGUGUGAAAUCCAAGAAGAGAUAACGGCGGCACUGAAAGCAAGUGCUGAAGAUGACGACUUCAAGUUCACCAGCUAUCAAGCAGCCAAGUUCCAAGGUGAGGUUUUGAACAUGAAACAAGAGAACAACAGAGUUGCUGAUGAACUUCAAGCAGGUCUAGAUAUAGUAACAACUCUCCAACUUGAUGGUGAGAAGGCUCUUGCAAAGAUGAAUGAGAAAUUUGGACUCUCUAGUUCUAAGAAAACCCAGAGAACUACAGAUUCAAACUCAGUUCCUCUGAGGUCAUUUAUCUUUGGUGUCAAACCAAAGAAACAAAAACAAUCAAUCUUCUCCUGCAUGACCCCUGGAAUGAAUAGGAAAUACCGUGCUCAUAAAGGAUAAAGCCAUAUGUAAAUAUUUGUAUCACAUGUCUUCAACUCUUAUUAUCUUCGACAAAAUUCCUAUAUUGGUUUCGUUAGAUAGAGUGUAUUGAGAUUGGAAAUUGUCUUUUUUACUUAAAAGGAAGCAAUCAAUAUUGUGCUUGUCUAUAAAUAGGCAGAAAGGUUAUCAAGUGUAGGCUCCAGUUUGUCCUUUGUAUUUUGCGCCCUUUUCAUCAUAUAUGUAUUAAUCACUCCUUAUACUUCGU